GCCAAUGGCUGCUAGUCUUGCAACCAUAUCUUUAUCUUUCUCUUUUUGCUCUGAACGGUAAGAGUAUUCAGGGACACAACAGCUUGUCUUUGCAUCUAUGGCGUCGAUGCGGACGAGCAAACUUCUUCUCCUUAUCUGCUACGUUUCUCUUCUCUGCUUCGUGUCAUCAUCAUCAUCAUCUGAUAUUUCUAAGACAUCUUCGUCGAAGGUCUCGCUGGGCGUGUACUAUGAAUCUCUCUGUCCGUAUUGUUCUCGCUUCAUAGUUAACCACAUCUCAAAGCUCUUCGAAGACGAUCUCAUUUCCAUCGUCGAUCUCCAUCUGUCUCCCUGGGGCAACUCCAAGUUCAACUCCGAGAAUGACACUUUCACCUGCCAGCACGGUGAAUAUGAAUGCUUCUUGGACACCGUUGAAUCUUGUGUGAUGGAUGUUUGGCCUGAAUCGAGCGAUCAUUUUCCGUUCAUCAGCUGUAUUGGGAGUUUGGUGCUUGAACACAAGUACGAGAAGUGGGAGACUUGUUAUGAGAAGCACAAUCUGAAAUCGAAACCUGUUGAGGAUUGUCUCAGUAGUGGACGUGGAAAAGAGCUUCAGUUGCAGUGUGCUGCAGAAAUGAAUGCAUUUAAUCCGCCUCAUAACAUCCUGCCCUGGGUAAUUGUAGAUGGACAGCCACUUUAUAAGGUUCGUUUAGUAUGUUUCUUUUUAAAAGAUUCUGCUUAUUUCUUCUUACUAAACACUUUUAUUCUCUUGUGUUAUAAAUGGUAUCUCUAUAUUCAGGUAGCAGUCAUAUUAGAUUUAUGAUUGAUUUGGAAUGUGGUUGUGCAAAACGUUGUAGUUAGUUUCUCUAAGGAAUUGGGCAUCUGGCAGUUCAAAAUCAGGGUAUUCUCGUAUAUGUAGUUAAUCAAACGAGAAGUGAAGUGUCUCCAGGAGAUACUUCAUGACUUAUGAAGAAUGGAUGGUGCUGUAUAAAAAUCCUAUGUAUCUGCUUGUGCUUGAUGUUUCUUGGCUUUGAACUUACCUUUGUGUUCACUGCAGGAUUAUGAAAACUACAUAAGCUACAUCUGCAAGGCUUACAAAGGUGAUAAAGUGCCUGGCGCGUGUGCCAAAUAUUCUUCCUUUUCCGAAGUGUCAAAGUGAAAUCGCUUCUCUCUGCUCUGCUGGAAAGGAGUCAUUAUGUUGUGGGAUUUGUUGGAACGUAUAAAAACCUCUUUAUUGUCGUAUAUGGACGUCUUAGGCCUGCUACAAACAUAUUCCUUUCUUUCUGUUGUGUUAUGUAACAUGAUACCAUGAAAAGUUAUUUAGAUUCUGAGCAAUGAUGAAAACUAUUGUUUCAGAAUAUGUAUGUUGGUUGGAUUUUGUAUGCUUGAGAUAAUAAAUGGAUCAUUUAAUUUCGUUUGCAAAUCA